GACAAACCAGAAAAUAUAUAACCGUUACGUCCCAUCUUGUAAUUCCCACAACACCCAAAGGACAAAAUCGUAAUUCCCUUCUCUUCUCCCUUCCAAAACCCUAUACAAUUGUCACCCAAAACAAAGACAAUAUCAAUUUCAAACUCAAAUUCCCGAUUUUACCCCUAUACACUCUCAAUUCUCAAAUCAUCUCGAAAAAAACCAAAGGGCAAAAUCAAGAACUCGAUAAAAUCCAAUAAACAUUUUCAUUUCGAAAAAAUUUGUCUCAUAUUAAUGUUAAUUCAAAUUUCGGACUCUACUAUACCCUUCCUUAAUUCUCUCUCCUCUUUUUCUUCUUCUUCUACUACUCUCAGUAUCUGUAGUUCUUCUCUUUCUCUCUCCUCUGCAACAACAAAAAAACGCAGAAAAAAAUGGAUGAAGAAAUGGAAAUGGAAGAAGAGAUAGUUCAAGUUUAUGAUGUUGUUGAAGUUGAUUUUGAUUACGAAUUUGACGCUGCUCGUUUCUUUGAUUUCACUCGGCCUGAGUCAGAGACCGAGUCACGUUUAUCCGAGUCGUGGUUUCAUGACGCUCCUAAUUAUCCUCCAUCUCCUUUUGUCGCUCAGCUGUAUCCGCUAAAUGGAUUGAACUCGCCAAAUGUGGAUGCUUCCCCCAAGUCUAGAUAUGAAGAGAGAUUGUCAAUGGAUGAUGCUGAUGAUGAUGUUGAUAAUGGUCGACACAAAGAGCAUUAUGACCGAGCUGAGGCUUACAGAGAAGGAAGCAACCAAGUUUUGCUGCAAAAGCUAUAUGAUGUCAGUUUUCAAAAUUCUCAAAAUCAGGCUAGAAGUUUACACGAAGGUCCCUCUCGAGGUUUGACCUUCUUCAACCACUUGGCGCAUGAUAAUAAGAAAACUAAAGCCCAAACGCUUGCCAAACCAUAUAUGCGAAAAAGCUCAACUUUAAUGAAGCCUACCGCAAGUCAGUUGGCAAAGCAAAAUCAACAACGUCAAGUUAAUGGUUCCAGAUUGCAGAAAAAUGAGGGUAAUUCAGGUGUUUGUGGGAUUGAAAAUCAAGCUUCAAAAAGACAAAAGCUUGAUGGAGGUCUUUUACAUAGGAUUGUCGAUAUGAAGCAGCCAGUCAAUCUAACCCACAAGUUGCCCAGAAAGGAUGCUGCUUUGCAAGGCAUGAACCCACAAACUAAGCUAAGAAUCACGAUCCCAAGGGAGCCUGAUCUUGCUACUGCACAUAGGGCAGAAAGGACAAGAUCAACAAGCACCAAAAAUAUGGAUAAUUCUACUGCAAACACAUGCAGAUUUAAAGCACAGCGGCUAAACAGAAAGACUCUUGAGGCUCCUGUGCUUCCAUUUUCUAGGAGAACUACACAACAUCUGCCAGAUCUUAAAGCCCCUCAUCUCAAAACAACUGGACGAGAAAAGCAGCAUAACUCCGCUGCUGCAUCAACGUCAGUUUGUCAAGCUGAUAAGGCCUCUCAUCUCAAAACAACUGGACGGGAAAAGCAGCAUAACUCUACUGCUGCAUCAACGUCAGUUUGUCAAGCUAAUAAGGGUUUGAACAAAGUAAUUGCGGAUAGAACUUUGGAAACUGGAAACAGAGAUGGAAAAGGGAGCGGUUCUUUGGAUGCUUCAAACUUGGCUGUAGUACAUACUUUUAAAGCGCGGCCUCUUGAUAGGAAGAUAUUGACUAGUAGAGGAGACAUAGGUGUUUUUAGAAAUAAUAAGCGGGAUGUUACAGUACCAAAGGAGUUUGAGUUUCAAACGGCAAAGAGGACUCAGCAAAAUCUUCCAACAGAGCUUUUCAGCAAGCUCUCGCUUGCUGGCGAACCCCAGCCUAAAAAUUGUGAACAGGUUUGUUCUUUUAAGGGAUCAAAAGAAAAUAGAUGGAAAUCGUGUCAGCAGUUUCAUCAAAAUGUAAAAGAAAGUGUGGCGCUCAUAGUGGAAAGGGGAGUUUGACUGUUGCUAAUGGAAGGAUUGGUGAAAUCAGUUCUUCUAAUGGCAUGAGCAGGCUUUUUGGGAGCUGUCGACAACAAUAGCACAUAUUUCCCAUCUUAGACUAGGUGUACCAAGACCCUAGAUGUACAAAUGCCUGUAGAUGAAGAUUAAUAUACCAGUGCUGAAGAUUCGGUCUCACAACAUAUGCAGGAAAGGUUUAGCUUUUUGAGCUCCUACAGAAUAAAUUGAGCCAAGUUUUGUACAGAAAUUGCCUACCUCCUUUAAAAUUAUUACUUGUGCCCCAUUUUUGGCCUGCAUUCUUAGAUUAAUCCAGUACAAUCUUUAUCAGGAAAUGUCGAUGUGAUACAAGGAUGUAUACUUUCAACAAUAGGAACAAAAAUCAUUUAAGGAAAUUAUCUCUUCAAGAAAUAUUUCCAGACAAUUUCCUAUUA